GAGCGGCCGGCGGGAGGCGGCGGAGGGUUUCGGGGUUCGGACCAGAGCGGCCGGAUGGUGAAAUCCUCCCUGCAGCGGAUACUCAACAGUCACUGCUUCGCUAGAGAGAAAGAGGGGAAUAAAAGCACCAUCAUGCCCGCUGUGCUGAGCCUCAGUACCGGACAGAGCAGUUCCAGGGUUCCCUUCCAUUGCUGUAGUAACCUGGGUCCGGGGCCUCGGUGGUGCUCCGAUGUCCCUCACCCACCCCUGAAGAUCCCAGGUGGGCGAGGGAAUAGUCAGAGGGAUCACAAUCUUUCAGCUAAUUUAUUUUAUUCGGAUAAUCGGCUGAAGGUAACAGAGGAACUGCCAUCCAACAGCAGGACCAGAGUCCUCAACGUCCAGUCAAGGCUCACAGAUGCCAAACACAUCAGCUGGAGAGCAGUGCUGAACAGCAACAACCUCUACAUAGAAAUCCCCAGUGGUGCUCUGCCUGAAGGGAGCAAGGACAGUUUUGCAGUUCUUCUGGAGUUUGCUGAAGAACAGCUUCGUGUUGACCACGUCUUCAUUUGUUUCCACAAGAACAGAGAUGACAGAGCUGCAUUGCUCCGGACUUUCAGCUUUUUGGGCUUUGAGAUUGUGAGACCAGGGCAUCCCCUUGUCCCCAAGAGACCAGAUGCUUGCUUCAUGGCCUACACAUUUGAGAGAGACUCAGCAGAAGAAGACUAAAUUUGCAAUGUUUGCCUCUUUACAGCUUUCUUGGUGUCUUAUCAAAGAGUUUUGUCGACAUCUAUCCCAGUCUCUAGCUUCACUCUCUAUCAAACCUUGUGACCCAGCUGCUCUGCUGAUGAGGUGUUGAAAAAGUUCACUUCCCACAUCUUUAGUUUCCCCUCCUUCCUCCCCUUUUUCCCCCCCUCCUUCCUCCCCUUUUUCCCCCCCUCCUUCCUCCCCUUUUUCCCCCCCUCCUUCCUCCCCUUUUUCCCCCCCUCCUUCCUCCCCUUUUUCCCCCCCUCCUUCCUCCCCUUUUU